AUGGCCGACGAGACGACAGUCGACCUGACGGAGUAUAAUGGAGGUUCACUAAUCGCGGCAUGUACGGUCUUGUUGAUUACGAGCUGGUUUGCCGUUGGACUACGAUCCUAUACAAGAGUGUUUUUGAUGAAGAGUUACCAAGCAGACGACUGGCUUAUGCUGGCAGCGCAGGUGCUCUUCACCGUGACGUGCGCCUUUACUCUCGAAGGUGUACGACGGGGACUGGGCAAGCACAAUGCCGCAGUUCCUAAUGAAGAUGAUCGGGUGGCUGCUCUUAUGUGGCAAGCUUUGACCAUUGCGAUUUAUAUCAUCGACAUGAUGCUUAUUAAACUCAGUAUUGGCGUAUUUUUGUUACGGCUGGCCACGAAAAAGCUUUACAUUUGGAUAAUUCGAGGAUCCUUGGUCAUUGUCACCCUCUGGAGUUUGGGCAUCUUCAUAUGGGAUAUCUUUCAAUGCACGCCAGUGGCGAAGCAAUGGGACUUUAGGAUCACGACAGGUCACUGUGCCGGGCCGGAUGAGAUCAUUUCAGCAGCUUAUGCUCUUAGUGUCAUGACAGUUCUAUCGGACUGGUUCUUCGCACUCAUUCCUAUUCCCAUGCUUUGGGGUGUCAAGAUGACCAAACAAGCCAAGGCCACAGUCAUUGUCAUUCUUGGUCUCGGUGUCUUCGCCAGUAUCGCCACACUCAUCAGGCUCAAAUUCCUAGCGGGUCUCGAAAUGACUGACGAUUUCAUGUUCUCAGUUACAGACGCCAUGAUAUGGAGUCUGGUGGAACCAGGUGUCGCCAUUAUCGCAUCCAGCCUGGCAACUAUCCGGCCUCUCCUCCGGGCCCUGAAAAUUCGAGGCUUCCUAUCGACCGACAAGUACCCCAGCAGCGGCAUUUCAGGAGCAGCACGCUAUGGACGUGGAAGCCGGAAUACCCGCGGGUCCAUGCCGGGCCAAGGCCCGAACGACGUGUCUCUCCACAGCGUGACCAAAAAGAGCGAAAUCCGACCCAAAUAUGUCGGUUUCACCAUUGACGAAUCUCACGAAGAGAUCCCAACGGGUAGUCAGAAUAGUGGCGACGUGCCCAGCGACGCCAAGAGCGAAAUUUUUGUCAUUGAAGGCGCCGAAAAUUCGCCCACGUUGAGCACGCAUGAUUUGCGGCCGGUGGACGAGCUUGCUGAUUUGGAGUCCCACGGACGGGAAUACCAGUUAAAAAAGGGAUGGGGCGUUCAAUAG